AUGAGCACUCAACCAACAUCAACAUUACUUUCACCAAGUCUUUCAAAUGAUAACCUCCUUCUCGAACCAUCUGAAACCUUGUGUGUAGUGACAGGAAUCAAUGGUUUCAUUGCAAGACAUUUGGCUUUCCAAUUGUUAUGUAAGGGAUAUCGUGUUGUUGGUACUAUUCGACCACCUCCCAAUGAAGAAUCAUUCCCAAGCACUGAUGCCUACAUUCUCUCCAAACUUCCCUACAUUAAUCAUUGGUUACAAAUCUUUGAAAAUCAACUCUCCAUUCAAGUAAUUGACUUUACUCAGGAUGAAAAUGCCAAGACACUUGAGAAAAUCUUUGAAGGUGCCUAUUGUGUCUUUCACACUGCAAGUCCUGUCUUUUUCAACUCAGAACCACCAUCUGAGGAGGAGGCAGAGGAAAUGUACUACAAACCAGCAGUGAAUGGAACAAGAUUGGUAUUGGAGGCUUGUGAAACAAGUAAAGUCACUCGAGUUGUAUUAACCAGUAGUACUGCAACAUUGUUCAAUCCUUACAAUCCUCCAAGAAGUGGCAUUGUAUCAGAAUGUGAUUGGAAUCAAUCUAGUAAACUAACAGAUGCAAUGGGUGCCUACAGAAUUUCAAAAGUCAAAGCUGAAAGAUUUGCCUGGGAAUUUUGUAGAUAUUUAACUUCUUCACACAAGAUUCAAUUGGUAACUGUUCUACCAACCUUUGUAAUUGGACCUCCAUUCCCCAACAAGAAAUCUGUUCUAACUUCUUCCAUUCUUGAAAUUUAUAAGAUUCUCCUUCAAAAUGAAGAUACCUCCAUUGUAUUCAACUCUGAUAAUGUUGGAAUUGUUGAUGUAAGAGAUGUUGCCAAUUGUCACAUUCUAGCAAUGGAAAAAAGACAAGCCAAAGGAAACAGAUUCAUUUGUUGUCACUCCACAAGAAACUAUGUUGAAACUUUCAAUAGAAUUGCACAAGUUUUCAGAGAAGACUUUCAUGUUGAGAAUGUUAACUUUCUUCCAAUUUAUGAUUCCAACUCAACUGGUGAGUUUUCAAUCCAAAUGAAAAAGAUUGAUGGAUCCAAAGCUGAGAAAACUCUUGGAUUGAAAUAUACUCCAUUCGAAAGGACGAUUAGAGACAUGUGUCAAUCAUUUGCUGAAUUGAAAUUUGUAAACUCAAGACCUUCAAGAGAAGAUGAAAAAACCUCCCAAAGAGAAAGAUAUACAGUCAUGACGGAUACACUCUUUCCUUAG